AUUAGCAUUUUGAGAUAAUUCUUGUACUGCAGAAGAAUGUGGCGACAAAAAGUUAAUGCACAAUUUCCUUUCUGAUCGCGCAUCGUUUCAUGAUGAAAAGUCUUUUUAUGGACGAAAAAUUGGCAAUAGAUUUGUGUUACCUGUGACAAUUCACAUGUCAUUAAAUGCUCCUGAAAGUGGCAAGUCACAAGAGUCAAUUCUUGAAAGAAAAAUAAUGUAGUUAAGGUGAAAACCUCGUGCCACUUAAUUAUUGUAACAAUAUGAGCAAAGUGAUCGCGAGUGAAUGGAUGUUUUGUUCGAUGCCGAUGAGAUUCGUCGUUUAGGUAAACGUUUUAAGAAAUUGGACUUAGAUAACUCCGGUGCAUUGAGUAUCGAUGAGUUUAUGUCGCUGCCAGAAUUACAACAAAAUCCUCUGGUACAGAGGGUGAUUGAUAUAUUUGAUGCGGAUGGGAAUGGUGAAGUAGAUUUUAAGGAAUUCAUUCAUGGUGUGUCGCAGUUCAGUGUGAAAGGAGAUAAAUUAUCAAAGCUUAAGUUCGCUUUUCGCAUCUAUGAUAUGGAUAAUGAUGGAUUCAUUUCGAACGGUGAACUCUUUCAAGUAUUGAAAAUGAUGGUUGGUAAUAAUCUUAAAGACGCCCAACUCCAGCAGAUAGUUGACAAAACAAUUGUAUUCGCUGAUAAAGAUGAAGACGGAAAAAUAUCAUUUGAUGAAUUUUGUUCAGUAGUUGGCAAUACAGAUAUACACAAAAAGAUGGUCGUCGAUGUUUAAUUGUGCUUAUUUCGUUCUCGUGUGCUUCGUCAUUACUUUUUUG